UGGCGCUAAUUGCUCCGCUCGCACACAGCGUGCCGAGAGAGCUGCUUGAGCAUCGCGCCUAGGACUAAUACCGCCUCAGAGCAGCCAUCGCUGGGGCUGCCCCUCUCGGCAUUCUCGCUGCCCACACGCCAGCCGCCGCGCUGCCUAACAAUAGCAAAACGAUGACCACGCCCAUCGACUUCGGGAACUGCAGUCAGGCGGUGCCCCACGAGCGCCGGUUCAACCCCCGCGCGAAGCCCAAGAAAUCCCCGGGACCUGGUAGUUAUGAUAUCAUAAACACCCCUACCGACGUCACCACAAAGUACAAGACGACGCCCACCUACAAGAUGGGCUCAUCUACAGCACCUAGAUUCAAUAAAAAAGCCCACGACACGAUCUCGCCGGGGCCCGGUAUUUAUCAAUUGAACCCUUCGGUAGGAGACCAGACGCUAUCCACAAAACGGAGUGCCGGUAGAGUGACAUUUAACAUGGGGAAAAGAGGUGAGAAGAAGAGGUAUCAAGGUAGUCUAGUGCACGCCUACAUCGACCCCCAUUCUCGCCUGGAUACGAGGUCGGCGUCCGCGUUUGGUGCAUCUACGGCCGAUCGGUUCGCGCAAUCCAAACGGGACAUCCUGAACUCCUGCAGUCCCGGACCGGGAAGUGCGUGGAAGCACGGCAUUUAUUCCGGACUUAGUAAAAGAGGCGGCGCCACCCUGGGAACAGCUCGACGGUUCAUGAACGACAAAAAAUUGUCGGCUUCUGAUGCAUCGCUCAACCAGUCCAUCGUCGAAAGUGUGGGAGACAAAAAGUCCUUCUACGAGGAGGACCACGCGCGGCCGGGGCCGGGGCAGUACACGAUCCCGACGACGAUGGGCCCCUAUCCGGAUUCAAAAAUGCGGUCGGUCGUCGUGCCCGUCUUCACGGAGGGCACGCGGGAGACGAAGCCGCCCAAGCGCACGCCGGGGCCCUCGGACUACGAAGGGCGAUCCACGAUGGGGCGGCAGCCGAUAUCAACAAAGAGAUCGGAGCCCGGGUUUAGGUUUGGGGCCGCCGAGCGGCCGAUUGGUAAAUCAAUAUAA